AGCAGAGUGAGCAGAGAGGAGACGUCCAAACUGAGGAGGAGCAGAGAAGAAGAGGAGGAAUGAGUCUGAGCUGAAAGACAGGAGAGGAAGAGCUGGAAAAAGAGGAGGAGGAGAGGAGGAGGCAGUGAACCACCCACAGAGAGAGAGAGAGAGAGUUUCCUGACACAGACUCAGUGUUUGAAACCUCACACUGAGUUUUUACAUCUGGCAGAAAAACUUCAGCUCCGACUCACCGACGACGGAAAAUCAACUCUGAGCAGAGAAGGAGGGAAGAGGAGGAGGAGGAGGAGGAGGAGAAACGACAGGAGGAGACGGAAGGAAAGAGUGGAGAAGUUACAGGUCGUCACAUGAACGAAGACGAAGCACAAAAACAAGAAGAAAACACUCUGUCCAGAUACAACUGAAGCGGAGCUGAUGUAAGAGGAGCAGAGCUGCAGAGGUGCAUCAUGGGAACAUCUUAGCUUCACACAGACACAGACCUGAACACCUCCUCUGCUCCACCUCCACCACAGACACCCAGCAUGCUCAGCAGGUUAGCCCAGGGAAGGAGCUCUGCAGGUGGGGCAGGAGGGCUGCUGCUGCUCCCUGUGCUCCUGGGACUGAUGAUGAUGAUGAUGAUGAUGAUGAAGGUGGAGGUGGUGGAGGCGGCGGUCGUCGAUGACAUGGACAGCGAGGAGAGUCAGGAGAUCCUGGACGAGGACGAGGCCGUCAGCACCGAGAUCCCGGAGUCGGCAUCCUCGGAUCUGUCCCGGGUGUCUCCGCUCAGUUCCUGGCUCAUCUUCAGAAGAAACUCCAACAAGGGGGACAACCGGAGAACCAAAGGGUCCAGACGAACCUCCAAGCAUGGUCUUCCAGGACCUCCAGGACCUCCAGGACCCCAGGGGCCUCCAGGACCCCCCGCCCCCCUGCUGCCCCAACAACAGGAGCUGAUCCAGGAGCUGCAGCUGAAACUGAGAGACAUGGCGGGGGGAGUGUGUCUGCAGUGCGAUCGUCCUCCUCGUGUCUCCACCUCCUUCCUCAGUCGCCUCCUGCAGCCCAUCACCAUCCCACGCCGCAGUCUGCUGGAGCUGCAGCCGUUCAGCAAGCCCUCAGACUCUGAGCGGAGCCUCCAGAGGGGCCAGAGCUUCAACACCAGCACCGGCCGAUACAUAGCACCCAUCUCUGGAUUCUACCAGCUGACGGCCAGCCUCCUGAUCGAGUCUGGUGACAGAGUCCAGGUCCGACUCAGAGACAGUGUGAGAGCAGCGAUCUGCAUCGAGUCGCUCUGUCAAAGUAACCUGUCUGUAGAGUCUGUGAUGGGCGUGGCAGCUGCUGGAGGAACAUUCAGCAUCUUACUGACAGGAACCCUCUAUCUACAGGCUGGAGAGUACGUCUCGGUGUUUGUGGACAACGCCACCGGCUCAGCCAUCAGCGUCCUGCAGGACUCUCUGUUCUCUGGGAUCCUGCUGGGAGUCUGAACACACAAACAGAAACACAUUUGUUUGGGGAGUUUCCAGAUCACAGCACAGAGCAGCACCUGCACAUCAUCAUCUGGGCUCCAUCAGUAAAACAGAACAAUGUCAUGGCUGUUUCUCAAUGAGACUUUGUGAUGAACAGCAGCCUGAACAGGAAUCCCUCCCCACCUGCUGCAGACAUGUAAUCUGUAUCAGGAUUUCUUACCUAGAUCACUCAAAGGCACUGAUCAGCUACACCAUGUGACCAGGUGGCUGCCAGACUAACAGCCCUUUUCCACAGAGGUGGUACUGGUGCCUGAUCUAGAACUGGAUCCACUUUUGAAAAAAAAAAGUCUGAAAAAAGUCUGGCACUGAUGCCAAAAACUGGCACCAAUGCAGCUCCACAAAUUACUGGUCCAAAAGUUGGAACCCCUGUCAUCACCAUCAGUGGCUAUGAGAGGGAACACUGCAAGAAAUUCUCUGUCAAUUUAAGAAAACAGGAGUGAAAGCAGCAGCAGUGAGAAUCUUUCAGAAACCUUCAAAUGUAAGAUGUUAUAACUUUAACAGUAAAUUUAUUUAUAAAAAACAACCUGAGCAGGUGCUGUGAGCUGUCAGCCAUGAUUUCUUUCCAACAGAAACAACCCAAACUUCCUCUUCUGAGAUUUAUUGGUGGUUACCAAGAAUGAAUUGGUGCAUUACCGUCACCAUCUGGUAAGGAGAGAGGACAGAGGUAACACAGACCUGAGACCUGCAGCGAUUCAGCAGGACCCACCCAGACCUGAUGAGACCAAACACAGUUUGGUUAACUGUCCCCAAUGUCUCCUUACUUCCUGUCUGUCUCUUCUCUGUCCACCGUCCAUUAAAGGCAAAAAUACUGAGACUAAGCUUUGCUAUUUGUGUCAACAGCUUAACACUCUGUGUGUAAACACAUACAAUGCCUUUAAGUUUUCUAACUAAGAUGUGAAAUCUGCUCCUGGAAACCUCAACUACUGAAGACUUCUAAAAUUAAAUUUGAAAUGUAAAAGCAUUCUGGGUAUUUACACACUUUUUCCAGGACUCGCAGACACACUAACAAAGAGGCCUGUGUUGAAUGCCAACUGUAACAUCAUAUGAAACCCUCAUUCAUUUUUCUACACAGAAUUCACAUUAGGAUCCUGAGUGUGGAUGUUUGGGGUGAGGCUGACGUCUGCUCUGAAAUCUGUUCAGUUACACUCAGGGCUGAAUGACAGAGGCCUUUUCUAGAUUGUCUGCCAUCCUGCCAUCUAAGGAAAACAGAGACUCUUUGUCAGGCUCACGGGCACUGGUGGAUGUUUGGGUUUACUGCUCGAGUCCAUGUUUGUCAGUUAAUGAAGCCAGAAAUCAUCGUUCUGGUGCAGAGGGUGGAGGUUGGGUGGUGCUGAGAGACCCUGAACAUGCCUCUGUUCUUUAUGCAGCAGUAAUUCUCUGGAUCAUCUCUGAGACUCAAUCAGAACUGAUUUAUCACUGGUGUAAAAACUGAAAGGAUUUUAUAUUUGCAGUUUUCUUGGAGCGCCACCUACUGGACGUUAGAGGAACUGCAGCCAUGGAGGCUGGUCGUUUUCUGAGGAUGACCUUCAUUCAACCGAUCUCUGGAAGGCCACUGAUGACAUUUUCACAUUUUACUUUUUAUUGAAUCUUUAUGUUUGAGCGGCCUCGUGCUAAAGUAUUCAGAUGGAGUAACAAAUGUUUCCUGAGGAGAAAAUACUGAGAGUAAAAACCUUUGUCACAGAGACUUUGAGUUUGGAAACAGCAGCAGUGUUUUCCUGUACAGAUUUAAUGAUUAUAUGACAUCUGUCCUCUUUUUACUUUAAUAUUAAUAUUUAUUCUCUGGAUGUGAUAAACAAGUUGUGAAUAAUUCUGAUAAUAAACCUUUCUACUGUC